GAGCCCGCCUCAUAUCCGGUCUCAGUUCGUUGGCGCGUGGCUGAUCAGCUGGGAACGACGGUAAAGCAACAUGGCGGCGCCCGUGCGAGGCUUGCAGUGUGCUCUGAAAAAAAGUAUUGUACCACCGUUAGUCGUGAUUUUAGGAGCAACCGGUACAGGGAAGUCUAAACUGGCGAUUGAAAUUGGGAAACGACGUCAGGGAGAGAUAAUCAGUGCCGAUUCCAUGCAGGUGUAUCGUGGGCUGGACAUCAUAACCAAUAAGGUGACGGCGGAGGAGCGUGCCCAGUGCAGUCAUCACAUGAUCGGCUUUGUGGAUCCCCUGGUCAGCAGCUACACUGUGGUAGACUUCAGGAACAAGGCCCUGGCUCUCAUAGAGGACGUGUACAGCAGAGAGAAGCUGCCUAUUAUAGUAGGAGGAACUAACUACUACAUAGAAUCACUGCUGUGGAGAGUACUGCUGGAUGAAGGGCAGGAGAAUGAAGGAGAGGGGAAGAAAGGCGGGUCUAUUGAUAGGAAGGCGGAGCUGGAGAAACUGGGCGGGGCUGAGCUCCACAGGAGACUGACCGAGGUCGAUCCUGAAAUGGCCUCCGUGCUGCAUCCUCACGACACGCGCAAGAUCGCCAGGAGCCUACAGGUGCAUGCGGAAACAGGCGUGCCUCACAGCCAUUGGUUGGAGGAGCAGAGAGGGCAGGAGGGGGGAGAUGUACUGGGGGGGCCACUGAGGUACCCAGACCCCUGUAUCUUCUGGUUACAUGCUGACAUGGAGUCCAUAGAUGAGCGCUUGGACAGGCGUGUGGAUGAGAUGCUGUUGACAGGCCUGAUAGACGAGCUCCGAGAUUUCCACCUGAGAUUCAACCAGCAGAAGAUUCAGGACCAGAGGUGGGUGUGGUUGUGUCUGUUCAAAGCAACAUAAAGGGCUGGGUUGUGUUGCCAUGGGGGUCAGAUUACGCUGCGUAGGGCUGUUCUAUCAGCCACUUAUUGAUUGGUCAUUGAUUGUGUGAGUCUCUUAGGUGUGGUCACAGGGAAUUGAUGGCAUAUUGCCUUAGGACACUGCUCUACCCACCGUCUCCCUCCUUCAGUCACCGCCCCCC